UGCUCUGGUUUUUUAGUUUUGUAAUUUUCGCUUUGUCUGCCAAACAGAAUGGCUCCAGUGGAAUGACGAUAAUGAUGAUGAUGAUGAUGAUGAUGACGACGAUGACAUCAUAAGCGAACCAACAGAACAAGAGAUACAUAUUACCCAUACGCCCCGUGAGCGCAUGCUCUCCCGCUCACUCUCUCUUUUGGUCGCUCUCUCUCUCCCUUCCCCUCGAUAGUGAAACGUUUGCUGCUCGUCGCUGGCAUCGGCAGCUGCUCGAGACAGUUAACAUGGAGCCGCAGACGCUACAGAUCAAGCUGCUGCCCGCCCGGACAGCGGAGGAGCGUGCCCGAAACAUCAUUGCCAAUGUAGUUGUGGAGGGUCAGCAGGCAUUCCUGGUGCCCUAUAUCGAUGAUCAUGAUGUGGGCCAGCCGCUGGAGAAGAUUACGCUGAAUACGCAGCUACAGGCGGCAGCUCCAGCUGCCCCUCGCUUGCGGUACUACAAGCCAGGCCCAUCCACGUACAAGCUGCUCUGCCCGCUGUGCCGCGAGAGAAGUGAUGCGGCUGUGAUGCGUGCCGCCGGCUGCAAGGACAUCAGCUGCUGCCUCAGCCUGCUGAGCUGUGUUUUUCCCAUUUUCUGGAUUUGCUGCAUUUGCACCUGGUGCGGCUGCAACCGCGAGUGGAUCACCAAGGGCGUCUACUGCAGCCACUGCGGCGGCAAGCUGGGCAUCCAGACGCGUUCCGAUUAGGUCAAUUAAAAUUUGUUACAAAUGUCACGCAUAGUUUGUUUUUAAUUCUAUUACGCAGCUAACUCAAUUAAAAUACGCUCGCUCUUGCCGUCUGUCAUCA